AUGGAACAUGUGAUUGAGGCCCUACCCAGGGCCAAGUUCAAGUUCCCUGGCCACCAGAAGACCUGCAUCUCAAGGAGGUGGGACUUUACCAAGUUUAGUGCAGAUCCAUUUGAAGACACGGUGGCUGAAAAGCAGCUCAUCCCGGAUGGCUAUGGCAUCAGUUAUCUGACCUUUAACCCCAUGCCACGACCAAAGACCCAGACCUUCGACAAGGGUCCCGGCGGCUCCAGGGACUUUCUCCUCGUCUACCUGGCCAAUCUGGAGGCCAAGAGCAGGCAGCUGGGCGCGCUGCUGCCGCCCCGGGGCCGAAGGAGUGCCAACGACGAGCUCUUCCGGGCGGGCUCCAGUCUCAGACCCCAGCCAUGGCCAACACUCCUCAAGAAUUGGCAGCUCCUGGCAGUCAACCACCCAGGCUACAUGGCCUUCCUCACCUAUAAUGAGGUCCAAGAGCGUCUGCAGGCCUGCAGGGACAAGCCAGGAAGCUACAUCUUCCGGCCCAGCUGUACUCGCCUGGGGCAGUGGGCCAUUGGCUACGUGAGCUCAGAUGGCAGCAUCCUGCAGACCAUCCCUGCCAGCAAACCCCUGUCCCAGGUGCUCCUGGAGGGACAGAAGGAUGGCUUCUACCUCUACCCAGAUGGAAAGAACCACAACCCAGACCUGACUGAGCUCGACCAGGCAGAAGCCCAGCAGCGCAUCCACGUAUCAGAGGAGCAGCUGCAGCUCUACUGGGCCAUGGACUCCACAUUUGAGCUCUGCAAGAUCUGUGCUGAGAGCAACAAGGAUGUGAAGAUCGAGCCGUGCGGGCACCUGCUUUGCAGCCGCUGCCUGGCUGCCUGGCAGCACUCGGACAGCCAGACCUGUCCCUUCUGCCGCUGCAAGAUCAAGGGCUGGGAGGCUGUGAGUAUCUACGAGUUCCAUGGUCAGGCUACUGCUGAGGACUCAGAGGACGGCAGUGACCAGGAAGGCAGAGAGUUGGAGCUGGAGCAGAGACUCCUAAAGGGGAACUCCCCUCCAGCUGCCCUGGGACCCCAGGACCCUGCCCCGGCCUGAAGGCCAGGGCACCGAGAUGUGCUGCUAAAGGGAGCCCCAAGGGCUGGAAGGGGAUUGUGAAACCGAAAUAAACUGCCAAGCCUUGUCUGUC